AUGAUUGCGCUUCGCGGACAGCGUCAUGGGACUCUGAGAUUCCUGCAUAAUGGACAUAUGUACCAUCAUGAUGCCCGGUAUGAAUCCGAUGAGGAGGAAUAUAUCUGCUCCUUAAGGACGUCAAUGUUUCGAUGUCGAGCAGCCGCAACUGUAGAUGACAACGGCGAUGUGCAAGUCUUUGGUACUCAUUUUCAUGCACCACGGUUUACAGCACAGGAAUUAAGAAGGCAACAAAUGAUUUUGGAGUUAAAGAGACGUGCAAUGCGAAGCAAUGAGCCUCCAAAUGAAAUAUUUAAUGCAGUUUCUCAGGAAUUUGAUGAUAUUGCCGAUAUAUUCAAUCCUGCGGCUGGUCGUAUGAUGAUAAUUCGUGAACGGCGGCAUCACCGCCCACCAAUGCCUGCAACUGUUAACCACGUGGGACCAAUGCUUGAUCGUUAUUUACCUGCGGUAGAAAUCUAUCGUGGUGAAGUCCAAGGAACAGACGGAAGUUUAGCCUUCAUAUUCGGAUCUCAACAAAUGAUGGAGCGUUUAAAUAACGUCGCAGAGUUGUUUAUCGAUGGAACAUUUAAGGCUGUCCCAAACCAACCACGGUUCUGUCAGUUGUUAAUCAUUCACUGUCGGCGAUUAGAUGUGGGACUUCCUGCAUUAUUUAUUCUCUGCGAGAGGAGAACUACCGCUAUGUAUGAAGCGAUUUGGCGCUUUAUCGUUGAUAGAUCACCUAAUAUCCGUAACAGCCUUCGAUUUGUUUCUGGGGAUUUCGAAAGGGCAUCUAUUCAAGCAAUCCGCAAUGAAAUGCCGUGGACAAUCUUUCGGGGUUGCUGGUUUCACUUUACUCGAGCUGUAACCAGGAGAUGGCGACGACUCCGUUUAAACCGUGCUCCACAAAUUAUUUUGCACUUGACUUGGGUACUGCCUUUGGUUCCUUCUAAUUUAUUUAGACAAGGUUUUGAAGAAAUUAGACGUCAAGCUAAUCUUGCCAGAGAAGAGUUUCCACGAGUAAAUUUCUUCAUCACAUAUCUUGAGACAUUUUGGCUACCACAAGCUGAACGAGUAUCUACUCGUCAUUCGGUCAUCCGCACAAAUAAUGUUGCGGAAGCGUUUAAUCGCCAGCUCAUUCCCAGAUUAGGAGGCGGUAAUCUGGAUUUAUUUCUAUUUAUUGUCAGGGAAUUUUCGAAUUGUUUAACUGGAAUACUUGAAAAAGUCAGGGAAUUUCAAUAUCAAAAAUCUGUGACCGCUAUGAUUAUUUAA